AUGGGGCGUCUCACCGAGCUGCAGGUGAACGACGGCUGCGGUUUGAUCUGCCGUCAGAGCCCAGAGCUUCAGUUCCUCCACCUGCUGCACGUGCUGCAGUUUCAGCAGAUCGGCUCGGAUGCCCGACACGUCCAUGUGACGCGGCACGCCUGCACACGCAUCGACAUGCAUCAAAACUUUAUCACACGUGACGUGUUCUUCACAGACAGAGAGAGCGCGAGAGAGAGAGAUGUCUCACCCUCCAGCAGGAUGAUGCCCGUGUCUCGGAUGAUUUGGAAAGUGCUGAACAGCACCAGUAUGGAGAACAGCGAUGAGAACGCCGACGCUCUGCACCAGGUCACCCAGAGCGUGAAUGAAAGCAGCUCGAACCGCCAGGCUCCCGUGACCCCGUCCCUGAUCCUGACUCCGCCCCGUCGGGCCCUCUCGCACGCGUCCGCCGCCGCGCCGGGGCUCCCGAGACUCGAGGACGAGUCCAGCAGAGAGUCGUCAUCGUCCGCCAGCAGCGUGCUGACCGCCGCGCCGUUGCGCGCUCCCGUGGGGAGCUCGUCCGUCUCACCGGACACCACCACCUUCAGCUGGCUGAACUUGGGCGUCUCGUCUUCCUCGAGAUCUUCGGAGAAAUCAAACGUGUCGCUGAGGGGCAACCUGUCCGUCUGCCGGCGGAACAACGACCGCACGCGACCCAUCAGACGGCUGUUGAUGCUGAUGAUGAACAGAGAUGAAGAAGAGCAGGAGGAGGUGUCUUCACACAGAGCAUGUGAUGUGAUUGGGGAGACAGCCGCGCUGCAGGACAUCAUGUGUGUGGAUGACCAGACUGUACAGCGACUGACAGACGGAUUCUUACAUCACUAUCUGCCAGAACUACAGACCUCCAAACAAACCCUACAGGAACUGACACAAAAUCAAGUGAUUCUGUUGGAUACGCUGGAGCAGGAGGUCACAAAGUUUCGCGAGUGCAACACAAUGGUUGAUCUGAACGCUCUGUUCAUAGAAGCAAAACUUUAUCACAACAAACUGGUGAAUAUUCGCAAAGAAAUGAUGGUCCUGCACGACAAGACCACCAAACUGAAGAAGCGAGCGUUGAAGGUACAGCAACACAAACAGAAGAAUGAGCUGGAGAGAGAGCAACAGAGAGAGAGAGACCUCGAGAGAGAGAGACGCCUCAUCGCCAAACCUGCCAAGCGCGUUGAUACCUGAUGUUUGCUCCGCCCACCGACACAUAACUCCUCCCCCAAUCCUCCAUCCCAAGAGCAAACGGGUUAUAGAGAAGACAUGAAGACAUUCUGACAGUGAGAAGGGCCAAAGCACACAGAAACCAAACAGAGUUGUAUUUGUGUUUCCUCCAGAGAUCAUCUUCAUCAUCAUCAUCAUCAUCAUCAUCUUGUAUUUGAGUUGAGAUGAAAUACAGUCACAUUAUAAACUAGAAUCACUUUCUCUGCUGAUUUAGGGCUUCAUGUAAGAACCACCUGUUGACAAAUAUUAUUCCAUGUUGCAUGACAUCAUUGUGUAUGAAACGUUCAAAUAGACUUCACAGAUUGAAAUCUGUUUCAGAAUAUCUCUUUAUAUAUUAAUGUAUGCACAGUGACACUAUUCUACACAGCACUGGUGUGAUUGUUUCAUAUUUAAAUAAAUAUUUACUGACUGCUGAAAGUUAUAAUGAAGUGUGUAAAAUCCUCCUGACAGCAGCGGCCUGCAGCUCAUCAGUGUGUCCUCUGGCUGGCAGCAGAGCAUCAUGGGAUACUGUGUGCCCAGUCACUAUGUGUGUUUCUAAAAACAAAGAAUUCUUGAAGUGAUAGUUCAGCUAAAAACAAGAAUUCUGUCAUCAUUUAUUCACUCUCAUGUCGUGUCAAACCUAUACGAGUUUGUUUCUUCUGUAGAACACAAAAGAAGAUAUUUUGAAGAAUGUUGAUCAUCAAACAACACAGAGCCCCAUCGACUUCCAUUGUACGAACGCAAAACCACGAAUACAUUUCUCUAAAUAUCUUCUUUUGUGUUCCACUGAAGAAAGACUCGCACACAGAUGUACAAACUCAUGAGAGCGAAUAAAUGACGAUUUAUUUGAGCUUUCAAGUUAGUGUGAGGAAUAAAGUCUGUGUGUAAAUCGAAUGUUUGUGUAGGUUAUGAUGGUCACACCUGGCUUCAUCUUUCUACAGUGGAAGCAAAAGGGUUUUACACUAAAUGAAAUCUGACAGCAGCACCCCACACUUUACGAUGAGUAAACACUCUUGAAACUUCUACUGAAAGAGAAAACAUAAGAAUAAAAUGUCGGCAGGUUCAUGAAGUGUGUGUAAACAUGAGUGAGUCAACAGCUGGAGAACUCCCCCACACCAGACACUGAGACAGUGGUGCUGUGAGCAGACGGUUCUGGUCUCCCGGCGGUUUGGAAAGUGACGCUCCUCCUUUCCGCGCGGGCGUUUCAGUUUGUCUCUGGAUUUAGAUGUUUGGGUCUGAAGGAGAAAAACAAACCCACGGAGCCACAGGCACUCGAGACACAUGUGGAGGUGAACGAUACCGUACAAACAGACGGCUGAGAAAAUAAACGGCGAAUGUCAUGUUUCUGUCUGUUGUCUGGUCAUCGUCAUCGUCACGGUGAAGGUGUCUUGUGUGGAAACACUGUGAGGUUUGUUGAACUCUUCACAGAAUGUUAUGAGUUGUGGUUUUGAGGUGAUGGUCAUUGCUGUGGAAUUGGGUGGAGCAGCGCGAUAUUAAACGCCAAACCCAAAUAUAGAUUUAAACAUUCACCGCCUGAAACCUCAUCAACACAACAGCACAAAAACAUCACAACACAUCAGCGCAACACAAUUGAUUUCGACCUUGUGGGGACAUUGUGUAUGUCCCCAUGAGGGAAAACAGCUUAUAAAUCAUACAGAAUUAGAUUUGUGUGAUUUUAUGUGUUGGGUUAGAAUAUAUCAUAAGACUGAUAUAAAAUCAAUGGAAGUCUAUGGAAUGUCCAUAUGGAAACCAGUGUGUGUGUGGGUGCAUGUGUGUGUGGCCUUGUUUUUAUGUUUGUAUAUCCCGGUGGGGACCUAAACCUGAACACACACCAACUCGUGGGGACCUAAACCUGAACACACACCAACUCGUGGGGACUCGUGUCACCGUGGGGACCAAAAUGGAGGUCCUCAUGGGCACAAAAGCUUAUAAAUUGUACGGAACAAUAUUUUUUGAAAAUCUAAAAAGUGAUCUUUAGGUUUAGGGGAUAAAAUAUACAGUUUGUACAGUAUAAAAAAACAUUACGCCUAUGGACUGUCCCCACGGAGAUAGUAAACCAGACCAGUGUGUGUGUGUGUGUGUGUUAAACAUCAAUGAUUUCAGCAAGCACAGCUGAGAAUGAGAUUAUUACUCUGGAUUCUUGUUUUAUUCGUGUAUCAUUGUGAUUAUUGCCGUCAACACGUCAUGAAGACUU